AUGAAGGCCUACUACUAUGACAACGCCCCUGGCGACCAACGUGAAGACCACGACUCUGGCCGCCAGGUCGACACCUCCUACCUCGAAUCCCUCGGCGUCGUCUACCGCCUGUGCCCUCAAGUCGCCGACGUCGACGCUCUCGCGCGCGACCGCGGCUACAAAAACCGCGACGAAAUCACCGUCUCACCCGAAAAGAUGGGCGACAUUUACGAGGAAAAAGUCAAGUCGUUCUUCCACGAGCAUCUGCAUGAGGACGAGGAGAUUCGGUAUAUUCUUGAUGGUGAAGGGUUCUUUGACGUUCGCAGCCAGAAUGACGACUGGGUGCGCAUUCGUCUGGUCAAGAACGAUCUCUUGAUUCUUCCCGCGGGCAUUUACCAUCGCUUCACGACGGAUUCCAAGAACUACAUCAAGGCGAUGCGUCUUUUCCAGGACGAGCCAAAGUGGACGCCGCUUAACCGCGGCCCCGAGGUCGAUGUCAACCCCCAUCGUCAAUCCUAUCUGCAAAGAUCUUGA